AUGUCAGCUUCUACAUUGGACCUCACAGCGCCGAAUGGCACGAAGAUCGCCCUGCCUACCGGUCUCUUCAUCAAUAAUGAGUUCGUUAAGGCAAGCUCAGGAUCGAAAAUCACAGCCAUCAAUCCGAGUGAUGAAUCUGAGAUCGCCGCAGUUGAAGCCGCAUCGCCCGAGGACGUUGACAAGGCCGUAAAGGCAGCACGUGCAGCGCUUAAUGCCCCGGGCUGGGGUGAUAUCUCUGCUACGGACCGAGGCAGGUUGAUGUACAAGCUCGCCGACAUCGUCGAGGCAAAUCAAGAGACUCUCGCCACGCUCGAGACGUGGAAUGGCGGAAAGCCGUAUGGCGUGGCCCUCGGAGAAGAUGUUGCAGAAACAAUUUCGACGUUACGUUACUACGCUGGCUGGGCCGACAAGAUCCACGGCGAGACUAUUCCGACAACCCCUCAGAAGUUUGCGUAUACAUUGAAGCAGCCGAUUGGAGUUUGUGGACAAAUCAUCCCUUGGAAUUAUCCAAUCAUGAUGGCGGCGUGGAAGCUCGGUCCGGCGCUGGCGUGUGGCAACACAGUGGUUCUGAAACCUGCUGAACAGACGCCUCUCUCUGUCUUAUACUUUGCGACUUUGAUCAAGGAAGCUGGGUUCCCUCCAGGCGUCAUUAACAUUGUGAAUGGCUUUGGAAGGGAGGCGGGUAGUGCCCUGGUUUCUCACACCGAUGUUGAUAAAGUCGCCUUUACCGGCUCCACCGCAACCGGAAGACAGAUUAUGAAAUCUGCGAGCGUCAACCUCAAGAAUAUCACGCUAGAGACCGGCGGAAAGUCACCUCUUGUCGUCUUCAGCGACGCUGAUCUCGACCAAGCAGCGAAAUGGGGCCAUGUUGGCAUCAUGAGCAACCAAGGCCAAAUCUGCACCUCUACUUCCAGGAUCCUGGUUCAAGAAGAUGUCUACCAAGACUACGUUGCACGAUUCAAGGCGAUAUGUCUGGAGAACAAGGUUGGCAACCCAUUCGAUGACGACACGUUCCAAGGACCUCAGAUCACGAAGGUCCAGUAUGAGAAGAUCCUCGGCUAUAUCCAGGCCGGCAAGGAUGAAGGCGCCACUCUUGUGACCGGCGGUGUUCCGCAUAAGAACGUUGGCGAUGGCAAAGGAUUCUUCAUUGAGCCAACCGUCUUCUCCGACGUGAAGAAAGACAUGAGAAUCUUCCAGGAAGAGGUGUUCGGUCCUUUCGUCGCCAUCACACCCUUCAAGACGGAGGAAGAGGCGGUUGCGCUGGCUAACAACACAUCAUAUGGCCUCGGAGCUGCGUUGUUCUCACGCGACAUUGAGCGAUGCCAUCGCAUAGCCGCCCGUCUCGAGUCUGGAAUGGUCUGGAUCAACAGUUCAAACGACUCUGAUAUCCGUGUUCCAUUCGGUGGUGUCAAGCAAAGCGGUAUUGGACGUGAACUGGGAGAAGCUGGCCUCGCUGCUUACUCACAGACGAAGGCAGUUCACGUUAACUUGGGAUACAAGCUUUGA